CAGUCCUCUAAUCAAAUAUUUUAUUAGCGCUGCAGCUCCGAGCGCACAGCUGAGGCACGGGUAGUAUGUUAUAUAGUUUGCAGGUGGGCUUUCCUGUAACACAGUGGCCUACAUAUAUCUGCAAAUAAAAUAUUAUUUCGCACAUGGUUUUCGUAUGAAAUCGAUGCAGUGACCACAAGUCUGAUGUCACACACACAACCAAAUUCAGAAUGAGAUCUCACAGUUGGGAGCAAUUGACCAAAAGUAAUUGUUGCAAUCAUUCUGGCAAGGUGUGGAGCAAUCAGUCUGAUUUGUGGUGGCAUAUAAAAGCUGCAUUGAAACUCAUGCAUGCGUAAAUCUGCACGAUGGAUGCACUGGCAUUACUCGAGGACGUCGCCAACGGCAGAAUUCGCAGAGAACGCGUGUUUAGAGACCACUCCGAUUUCUUGGCCCAAGAUGAUGACUGGCUCAUAAGCCGAUUCAGAUUUCCAAGAGCUGUGCUCCUGGAUCUGUGUACUGAAUUGGGCCCUGGGUUGGAGAGGGAAACCCGACGAAACCGUGCCAUCCCCGUUCCCAUACAGGUGUUAACCACUCUGGGUUUUUUGGCAACCGGGUCAUAUCAGCGGGAAAUGGCUGACAGGUCGGGGAUAUCACAGCCAUCCCUCAGCGCGAUGAUGCCUGCCGUCUUGACUGGCAUCAUUAAUUUAAGUAGUCGUUAUAUUAGAUUUCCCUACACUGUGGAAGAACAGGCCAACAUUAAAAGGCAAUUUGCAGAAAUGUCCGGUUUCCCAAAUGUAAUCGGCGCAAUUGACUGCACACAUAUUGCUAUACGGGCUCCAUAUGAAAACGAAUAUGUGUAUAUAAACAGAAAGCAUGUUCAUUCAGUCAACGUGCAAGUAAUAUGUGACCCGAACAUGGUGUUUGAAAAUAUAGUGGCAAGAUGGCCUGGCUCAACACAUGAUUCAUUCAUCCUGACGCACAGCAAUGUAGGCAGGAGACUACAGGCAGGCACUGUGCCUGAUGGCUGGCUUCUUGGUGAUAGUGGCUAUCCCCUGAGGCGCUGGCUCCUCACCCCCUUCCAGAACCCACAGAGCGAAGAGGAAACGCGCUUUAAUAACAUUCACGCUCAUGCGCGCUCAGUUGUGGAGCGUGCAAUCGGCCUUCUAAAAUGCAGGUGGAGGUGUCUCGAUGCCUCUGGUGGCAAGCUAUUAUACCACCCUACAAAAGUUUGCAGGAUUGUGAGGGCGUGUGGGGUUCUUCACAACAUGGCGCAGAGGUUUGGUGUCCCUCUCCCCCCUGGACCCCCUCCCCCACGAAGUGAGGAACCUGAACCCCAACCCCCUCCUCGACAAGAGGGGUUUCAACAAGGGGUAAGGGCACGAGAGGAUGUAAUGCAGCGUAUAUGAAAAAGACAAACAGCGUCGGUGAGCACGCGGCCAGACGCGCCAUGUGCGCGGGGCUCACUUGUGCCGGCAUGGUCUGUGCGCACAGGCCUCGCACCUCGGGCCUCCACGCCGGCAGCCUCCCCGCCGGGAGCCUCCCCACCGGGAACCUCCAAUUCUGGAAGAUGAAAGAUGCAUGAGCCCACUGUAUUCUAUAAAAUGUCAUUGUUCAUUUAUACAAAUAAAGUGACUUACCUGGUUCAUCCGUA